ACACAAAGGCUAACAAAAGCGCACACAUAGAAAACACAAGAGUAAGAAAAAAACAAACAAAAAUGGAGAAGAUAGAGCACAAGAUGGUAAAUGUAAAUGGCUUAAAUAUGCAUAUAGCAGAAUUAGGCCAAGGCUCAACAAUCCUCUUCAUCCAUGGCUUCCCUGAGCUCUGGUACUCAUGGCGCCACCAAAUGGUCUACUUAGCUGAACGUGGUUACCGUGCUGUGGCGCCUGACUUAAGGGGUUAUGGAGAUACCACUGGUGCACCCCUUAACGACCCUUCGAAGUUCAGUAUUUUUCACCUUGUGGGUGAUCUUGUAGCAUUGCUUGAAGCCAUUGCUCCUAAUGAAGAAAAGGUGUUUGUCGUUGCACACGACUGGGGUGCGAUAAUUGCUUGGCAUUUAUGUCUCUUUAGGCCAGAUAAAGUUAAAGCCUUGGUGAAUUUGAGUGUCCAUUUUCCCCCAAGGAACCCAAAGAUGAAUACUGUUGAGGGGCUAAAGGCUAUAUAUGGCGAAGAUCAUUAUGUCUCGAGAUUUCAGGUACCGGGUGAAAUUGAAGCUGAAUUCGCUCCAAUUGGUGCUAAGUCUGUUCUUAAGAAAAUAUUUACAUACCGCGAUACUGCACCAUUAUAUUUUCCUAAAGGCAAAGGCCUUGACGCUAUCACUGAUGCUCCGGCUGCCCUUUCAUCGUGGCUUUCUGAGGAAGAGUUGGAUUACUAUGCCGACAAGUUUGAGAAGACUGGUUUCACUGGUGCAGUUAACUAUUACCGCGCUUUUCCCAUAAACUGGGAACUGACAGCACCAUGGACUGGAGCUCAAGUUAAAGUUCCGACCAAGUUUAUCGCCGGGGAAUUCGACUUGGUUUAUCACAUACCAGGUGUUAAAGAGUACAUACACAAUGGUGGAUUUAAAAAAGAUGUUCCAUUGUUGGAGGAAGUUGUGGUUUUAGAAGGUGCAGCUCACUUUGUCAACCAAGAAAGGCCACAUGAGAUUAACAAACACAUUUAUGACUUCAUUCAAAAGUUCUAAAACUUUCUCUAGCGUACGCAGUAUUUUGUGUAAGCAGUGUUCGUUACUUGUGAUAGUAUUUUAUAACUAGAUUCACAGUUGGUGAAUAUUUUAUGACAUAUACAAAAUUUCAAUAAAAGUUACUGAAUGUCUAUAUCAUAA